GUGUCCGGGCGGCAGCCAUGCAGUCCCGGGAUCGGCCGCCAGAUGGCGCCGCGGGAAAGACCAAGGCCGCAGCUUCUCACGCUCCAGCGGCCUGGCCUUGCUCUUCCUCACCUGGGUGUGAGAUGCACUUCUCUGAGGUGCUAGGGCUGGACCCCCCAGGCGCCUCGAGGGUCCCAAAGCCUGGGACGCAGUCUCACAUCUUUUGUGUACUUCCCACAAUUCUGUUCCCGGUGUCUCAGGGCUCUGCAACAAAGUGUCACCUUCUCUGGGGGUCUUCCUGACUGCCCUGGGAUCAGAAAUCCAUACCCUGACUCCUCCAACGCUCGUUGCAUUCAUUUUAUUUUUUGCUUUGAAAGCCCAGGCUGCCCUUAAACUCCUGAUUUCCCUGCCUCAGCCUUUAGUGCUGGGAUGACAUGGGAGCUGAGGCCAGUACCUGUAAUCUCUGCACUCAGGAGAAUGAGUGGAGCAGGCACAAGACGUGGCGGUCUCAAAGGAAGUGCUGUGUCCACCCGCCCACCCGAUAAGACAACAACGGCAGCGCUCGCUCGCUCGCUUACUUCAUUACUGCUUGGGCACAGGCAUGAUACAGGGCUCCCUGAUUGUCAUUCAUAGGGUGCCCUCCUCAGAACAGGAAGGAAAAGCAUCAUGGGUUCAUGAGACUAAAGUGUGUCAACACUUGUUUUCAGGUCCUUCUGAGUCCUCAGUACAACCCUGAGGCAGAGACUGUCAGAGGCGCCCUGCUGCUGAAGAGGAGGCUGAAGCCCAUGGUGGUUCCCUUGCUUGAGGGUGCACAGCCGCUGAAGGGGGUGAUGUCACUUGAUUCUCAUGGUCCCCAUGGAGCGGGUCAGCCCCCACUGGGACUCCCAGCAGGCUGGGAGGAGCUGUGGGACUGGCCAGGUCAGCUUGCCUCCCUUCCCUGCUGGGAGCUCCCAGAACCACCCCUGGGCUGCCCAGGAGGGGACAGUGGUGAAAAGCAGAUCUCGAGGACCCAGGCUCACACUCUAGACAGCAGGGCCCAUUGCAGAGGACCCUGAGCCCACUCCAAGACAGACGGACGACUGGACGGCUACGCGAUGCUCCGUGGCCAGUUAACCACGCUGCUGGGUCUGCUCAGUGGGGUGUGGCUACCCACGGGCUCAGGGAGGCCGGGGACCCCAUCUACCCCUGCUCAGGCCGGGACUGCUGCCAAUCAGAGCUGGACUCUGGACCCUCUGGUGCCAGCCUCUGCCUUGGGGAGCUGGAAGACCUUCCUGGGCCUGCAGGACAGACAGCAGGGUGCAGGUGGGCUGCAGGGGGGGCAGAGAGAGGCCGCUGCUGUGUCUUUGCCCUUGCUUCCCCAAGAAGUGCUCCAGGAGACUUGUAAGACUGUGGCCUUUAUUCAGGUGCUUUCCAGGCCUGGUUGCACAGCUGCCAGGGUCCUUAAUCGUCUGUGUUUCGGCCACUGUUCCUCCUUCUACAUUCCCAGUGCGGGUCCCACCCCCGCAGUCCUCUGCAACAGCUGUGUGCCCGCUCAAAAGCGCCAGACUUCGGCGGUGCUGUGGUGUGGGGCUGGCCACACAGCCUCCCGUCGGCCAGUGAGGAUGCCCAUCACCCUGGUGCAGAAGUGCCAGUGCCGUCCGAAGCUGUGACGUCAGGAGGACUGCACAGCACAGGAACCGUGGGAAGAGGCAGGAGAUGCGGUAGAAAGACGUGACCUGAAUGAUGUACAUCAUCAGGUCAAGAGAGCAGGGUUAGGGCAGAUCAGGUGCACAAGAUCCUCGUCUGUUCCUGGGACACGAGACAUGGUCUGCCAGUCAUGGGUUGAGACCACUCAUAGUCAUGGCAUACCAUGCAUGAAGCCCUGGGUUCCAUUCUUUUUUUUUUUUUUUUUUCCGAGACAGGGUUUCUCUGUGGCUUUGGAGGCUGUCCUGGAACUCACUCUGUAGACCAGGCUGGUCUCGAACUGAUCGCAGAGAUGUGCCUGCCUCUGCCUCCCGAGUGCUGGGAUUAAAGCCGUGCGCCCGGCCCCGGGUUCCAUUCUUAACGCGGGGAUGUGUGGAGGGAAAAGGUGAAAACCAGCUGUAGUGUGUGAUUCGCAGGGCCCUGUGAGGGAGGGGAUAUUCCUUCCACAAGCGCUACCUUACAGCAUCCUCAAGGACCAGCCCUCAGUGGUUCCACAGGGUAGAAUUUCACCACAGGUCAUUUUGCAGAUGAGGAAACUGAAGCCGUUGAGGCACUAUCAC